AUGACAUGGGAAAGUGGAAUUUCUAUUCCUAACAAUAAUCAAGAAAAUCAGAAAAUCUACUAUUUCACCAAAGUUUUAACUGCGUCAGAUAUAAGUUCACAUGGAGAAUUUACAAUAUUAAAAAGACAUGCCAUUGAAUGUCUUACUCCGCUGGACAUGUCUCAGCCAACACCGACUCAAGAAAUAGUUGCUAAAGAUCUUCACGGUUAUGAAUGGAGAUUUAAGCACUCCUUUAGAGGAGAGAAUGAGGAGUCACGAGUUGGAAUACGAAUAGCAGCUUAUCAACAAGACAGUAUAGUUUCAUCGAUAAUUUCAAAACAGAGUAUGCACCAUGGAAUCAUUGUUUCUGCAAUGAAUGCUAUCACUACCAAUUGCGUGUUCAAUGUGUUCUGUAAGCCAAGGUCAAGCCAAUUCGUCGUCAAAUAUAAGAAGUAUAUGGAUGCAAUGAAUAACAAAUUCAAUGUAGAUUCAAGUUUUACAAUGCAGUUUGAGGGUGUUAAUCUUACUGAAACAAGAUAUUCGGGGAAGAUUAUAAGCAAUACAAAUUAUUUCGCUCAUUGGAAAGAUUCUGACUGGCGAAGCUUAAAAGUGAAGUGGGAUGUGGCUGCAUCAAUUCCAAAAUCUACUAAGGUUUCCCCAUGGGAAAUCGAGGCUUUGGCACCUUCAUCAAACAUUAAACAAUCAUCUUUGCUAAAGAAUAAACGACCACGUCAUGUUGAUGAAAUUGGUUUAGAUAUGCGGAUUCCUACCCUGACUCACGGCCAAGAAAUUGGACAAUCAAGCAGGAACUCUCCAAUGAGUAUUUCUCAGUGUAGUAAUUUUGAUGCAACCGAUUAUUCCAAGAUUUCGUCUGGCUGGGUAAUGAUCUACUCAGUUCCUACCAUAACUAAGCCGAACAGUAAUGACCAAAUGGUUAGGUAUCUCAAUGAAAAAAUAACCACUGAUACAACAAGUGGUUACAAAUUGUUUGGAGUUGAUCAGAUGACUCCACCAGAAACGAAAGAUCUCCUCGGACAAAUUGACUUAUAUCAAAAAGUUAAAAUUUCCAGAAUCUCCGAUGAAGAAAAGAUUGAACAAGUCCAAACUCCAGCAUCAUCAAAAGAUAUCCAAAGCAAGCAAAUCAAUUCUAGUAGAAGUUGUAUCAAGGUUCGAAUGCAAGGUGUAGCUAUAGGAAGAGCUGUGGAUUUAACUGUUCUUGAUGGAUAUACGCAAUUAAUCAAUGAACUAGAAAAACUUUUUGAUCUCAAAGACGAGCUGCGUAUGCGCAAUCAGUGGGAAAUAGCUUUUGUAGAUGAUGAAGGAGAUAUCAUGCUUGUUGGAGAUGAUCCAUGGAUUAUUGUGAAGAAAAUAUUCAUACGCUCCAAAAAGAAAAGUCAAGAUAAUGAGAUCAAAAAACAAAUUCUCUAA